ACUCCGCGGCGGUGGCGGCUGCUGCUCUUCUUCGGGUUCUGUCACGGUGUUGGCGGUGCCCAGCUCACCGGCCCCCCUCCCCCUUCCGGCGAGCGCGGUCGCCAAAGAGGCUUUCUCAACCCUGCUCUGCGGGGUCCACAGCAGGGUGCGGGUGUCCGGUGGCGGCGGCGAGCCCGUGGGCAGUGGGGGUUGGUCCCGCGGCUCCGGCCCCCGGUGCAGAAUGGCGGCGGCGGUUCGGAUGAACAUCCAGAUGCUGCUAGAGGCGGCCGACUACCUGGAGCGGCGGGAGAGAGAAGCUGAACAUGGUUAUGCCUCCAUGUUACCAUACAAUAACAAGGACAGAGAUGCCUUAAAACGGAGGAACAAAUCCAAGAAGAAUAACAGCAGUAGCAGAUCAACUCACAAUGAAAUGGAGAAGAAUAGGCGGGCCCAUCUUCGCUUGUGCCUGGAGAAGUUGAAGGGGCUAGUGCCGCUUGGACCUGAAUCGAACCGACACACUACGUUGAGUUUAUUGACAAAAGCCAAAUUGCACAUAAAGAAACUUGAAGAUUGUGACAGAAAAGCCAUUCACCAAAUAGACCAGCUUCAGCGAGAACAGCGACACCUGAAGCGGCAGCUGGAGAAGCUGGGCAUCGAGAGGAUACGGAUGGACAGCAUCGGCUCCACUGUCUCCUCUGAGCGCUCAGACUCCGACAGGGAAAUCGACGUGGACGUUGAAAGCACAGACUAUCUCACGGGGGACCUGGACUGGAGCAGCAGCAGCGUGAGCGAUUCCGACGAGCGGGGAAGCAUGCAGAGCCUCGGCAGUGACGAGGGCUACUCCAGCUCCAGCAUGAAGAGGAUAAAGCUCCAGGACAAUCACAAGACGUGUCUGGGCCUCUAAGAGAGCGUGGUCUCCUCGGCUGCCUCCCGAUGGUUCUCUCGGCGGACGGGCUUAGGUAGUGUAUUGGACCCGCCCACAGCCCCCCUGCACGUAAGCUUCCGUGUACCACCUCUACCAAACUCAGCUUUGUAAACGUUCUCGCGGAAGUGCUUAGGAUUGUGGGUUUCUGAUUGCAUCCACUAGCUUCUCUCUCUGUCCCUAAAAAUUCAUCCGAGAGACUGUACAUUCCAAUCAAUUUGAAGCACCCAAGAAUUCUUAGACCGAAUAAGCAACUUUCACAUCUCAGCAGUUUCCCCCUCUUCCUUACCAUCCCCGUGUAGUCUAGCAAACCUUUCUUAGAGUUUUCUGGCUAUGUUACUCACCUAGCAGAAAUGUCCGAAUGUGUCUUGUGCUUAGGAACCUGAAGGAAACAAACUUUUAAAGUCGAGAUCCUGAUCUCAGAACUCCAAAGCAAGCUUUGAAAGCGGCGUUUAAGAGCACUUAACUGUGGACCUCACCCCCCGUGAGGAGUCAGGAAUACCUCCAGAAAACACCCCCUCACACACACCCUGCGCUGCUUCCCCGACCCGCGACCCGUGACCCGCGUGUGGAUGGGAGCAGUACUUCUCACUUUAGAAUGGACAUCUUGAUGGCAGGUCUCUGGGGCUGCACAGCUUUAUCAGAGCUCCAGCGGCGCUCGUUCCCACCCACCAGACGGUACAAUCUCUGCGAUGUGCUCUGGGCCGCGCCGUCCACUGCUGUCCCAAGACCCGUUUUCCCCUCCAAGUUUGUUAUGCUACUUGUCUCUGGAACAUUUUUUUUUCCUACCUCAGAGAUAAAUGAGAUCUCCAUUUCCCACUUAACACAAAGCGAUUAUGCCUUUUUUUCACCCCCAAAUAAGUGACACUUGGUCCAAUUCUAAUCUAUUUUCCUAUCUAACUUUCAGCAAUAACUGAGCUUUGGCACUAGCUGAGCUAGUGUCCAUCAUCAGUGAAAGGAAAAGUCCACAUUUCUACUCUGUUGCAGGUGAACAGGAGGGGAGGGUACAGUGUUAUUAGAAUUCCUCUCCUUA